AUGUCAAUGUCUGAAAACAAAGCUCGAAGUCUGCGUGGCGAGCUCUACUACGCUUUUACCCCGGAGCUGGUCAACGGACGGCGUCGAUGCUCCCAGGCCUGCAAGCGGUUCAACAAUGCUGAGGACAUAACUAGACGGCGUCAAGUGGAGCUUUGGAACGACAUCGUUGGAGACAAGACCGAGCUGCCAGCACCUGCAAGAACAGACGAAGCAGAUGAGGAGCUGUUCGCUGACAAUGCGUGGGUCGAGGCACCAAUACACAUCGAUUAUGGUACCAAUGUGAAACUCGGCAAGAACGUCUUCAUCAACUUCAACGCGACCAUAGUCGACACCUGCCUGGUCACCAUCGGCGCGAGGACAUUGCUCGCUCCGAAUGUCUCUUUAUACAGCGGCACACAUCCGUUGGAUCCUGAAGUUCGAAGUGGGACCACGGGUCCCGAAUUGGGCGGCGAAAUACACAUUGAAGAAGAUUGCUGGUUGGGAGGCAAUGUGAUUGUUCUUCCUGGUGUCCGCAUCGGCAAAGGCUCGACAAUCGGUGCUGGAGCCGUGGUUACGAAGGUGAGAGCUGUCCGCACGCGCUAUUGA